AUGGGUACAACUACACAGACAGAUACACAAAAAAACACACAGACACACCCAGAUCACAUAAACACAGAUACACAGACGAACACAGAUACACAGACGAAUCCAGAUCACAUAGGCACAGCUCACGUACACACAGCUCACAGAACCAACAGCGGCCGCACAAACACCUCUUCAGACACAUGCAGCGCACUAUCACAGUGCGCGGAAGGCGCAAUCGUGGCGGGCGUUGGCGCGCGCCUAACGCGCGGGCCGCCCCUCGGAAAAGUCUCGCGCGCGCCCGUCGCCGACGUUUCUUCGCUCGGCGCGCUUGCCGUCGCGGCCAGCUCCACUACAGUGUCGACGUGGGACUUGGGCGCGGGCCGCCGCGUGCGGUCGCUUGUGUCGCCGCAAGACACGGCGCGGUGCGUUUUUGUGGCGCCGCAGCUUGUGGCUGCCGCCGGCGCCGCCCGAGCAGUCCAUUUGUUCGACUUGCGCUCGGCGGGCGAGUCGCCGGCCGCAUCCAUCAAAGUGGCCCGCGACAAUGUGUACGCCCUCUCGUGUUCACGCGAGGGAACGCUUUUCACAGGCGGCGCCGACGGGUCCGUGUGCGUUGUCGACCUUCGCGCCCAGCGCGCGCACACUUGGGCAAUUCCGGGCCAGCGCGGCGCCGUGCUUGACGUGCGCCCAGUGACAAACGGCGUGGUGGCCACCAUGGAAAACGGCAGCGUGUGCCAGGUGCCCGAGUCCGGGCGCACCCUCGGCUUUGAUGUUGCUGUGGACGCGUUCAAACACCGUGUUUCUGGAGACGUGGCGGAAUCGUCACAUGGGCUUCGUGUGGCUGUGGGCAGCGACUAUGGCUAUGUGUGGGUGGUUGAUGGGGCCAGGCGGCGGCGCAUGCAAUUGGAGGCGCGCGUUCCUGCUGUGCGGUGGGGGCCGCGCGGGCUCUAUGCUUGUGCGGCAGAAAAGCUUUUCGUGGUGGCACAGCCAGAAUUUUGA